CUAUUUUGUACCGGAUGUAAAACUGAAUCGGCUCUGCUAACACGAAAGGUGAUAAUUUCUCAUAUUUUUCCUGAACUGGAGUUACAUUAUGCAAGUAUCAGUCUUCUAGAUCAACUCAAUGAUCAACUUAAUGAGACCAGCGAUCUACCACCACUGAGACGAUGUCAGACCGCGAUGGCCAAGCACCAGAGCCUGCUGGACUGGAUGGUCUGCCUCCUCUGUACAGCAUAGCUAAGGGAGAAGUGGUCUCCCUGCAGACCUAUGGAGCUUUUGUCAGACUGCCAGGAUACAAGAAAGAGGGGCUGGUACAUGUGAGUGAGAUGUCAGCCUCACGUGUUGAGAAUCCCUCAGAAAUUGUUGAUGUGGGGGAGCAGGUGUGGAUUAAAGUCAUUGGGAGAGAGAUUCAGGGUGACAAGCUGAAGUUGUCGUUCUCAAUGAAAGCUGUCAAUCAGGGAACAGGGCGGGACUUGGACCCAAACAAUGUCAUGGCAGAGCAGGAUGGUAGGCGACGUAAGCAUUUCAGAGACCAUACUGGCGACAGGAUCACACUGGAGGCUGUGCUCAACACAACAUGUUCAAAGUGUGGCUGCAAGGGUCACUUUACAAAAGACUGUUUCUCUGCUCCGGGCACGCAGUACGCUCUUUUACCUGAAGAGGACAAUGAAGAGCCACAGCAGCAGCCCUUAACAACUGCACAGCAACACUCUGACAAAAAGAAGAAGAAAAAGAAGGAGAAGAAAAUGAAAAAGAAGAAGAAAAGGGAGCGAAAGGAGUCAGAGAGCGAUGGCAGCAGCAAUGAUGAAUGCAAAUAUAAGAGGAAGCGCCAUGACCACACUCAUGACAAAAAGAAGCAACACAAGAAACAUAAGUCACACAAACACAGCUGAGACAGCCACACACAUAUACAGCCACACUGCAGCUAUCAGACAAAAGCAAAAAGAGAAGUGGUAAGCAACAGACGGACUGACCGACUUCCAGCUGGAACUCUUAACAAUAUCCCCACAACAGCUUAUUAUAGAAACCUUCAUGCAUUUAAGUUAAAGAAGGUUGUGUUUACUGUCUCUACAUAUUAUUGAAAGCAGAAUCAGAAACCUCCUAUCAAGCUUAAAAAAAAAUCAAAAGGACCCAAAACCCCCGGAAAAAACAAAAAUCAGGUGACAAGCCACACAUGUCCUAUAGUAACCUAUCGCUCUCCCACAGAGGAGUUUACACAUAUGUAACCUGAUAGGUUUAAGCGAUAUGGCAGCAAGUGGCUCUCCCUUUAGAAGUUCAUGUAUUGUUUACAGCUAUCUAGUUUCCAAUGCUUUGAGAAAUCCAAAAAGCAAACACAAGACAGCAAAGUCAACUCAUAGUGGCUUUGACAUGAAAAUGAUUCAAAUAUUCCAAACACAGGAAGUAGUAAACACAGACAGGAAGUGUAAUCAAACAUAAGAGAGUGUGACAGGAACCUCAUGCUAUGGUGAUAUCCUGAGGUUGUCCACCGCAUAUUGUGCAUCUAUGUGUAGAUAAAUGUGUGUUUGUGUAUCUUGUUCCCAGGGGGCUGCUCACAGUACACACACCCCUCUUUGUGCAUCUCAACUGCUAACCCCAUUAAAGGUGUUUUUCUAAAGUUAAAAAAAAACAAAAAAAACCUCUUGAUGUCUUUGUUCCUGGACAUUGUCCUCACAGUCAGUCCCUGGGGAACCAAAACACAAGCAUAAGAAGCUCUGAUCCAUCCUAGUGUCAUACCAGGUCAGUGCUAGAAUGAAAUAUUUACACAACAUAGACGUCAGGCCACCUGAGGUCAUGGUGGCACAAAGACAAAGUGCUGCUUGUCAAUAUACAGUAAAGACAAUGUUGGGAAAUAACACCUUAACUGGUUUGUGUUGUUUUGACCUAGUUUUCAAGCAUCUACAUGUAGGAUUGUGUAGUGAUUUUUAUUUUCAGCUUCAGUGAAUGAACUGUUAAUGUAGAAAAAUGUAUGGUCAGUCUGAAGACUCCUCUUAAUUUUCUUAUGUUCUACUAAUUAUUUGCACCAGAUGAACAAGCUGAAUUUAAUACACCCUGCUAAACAUUUAGUAUGAAUCCAAGUUUGCACAACCAAAUUUGCCAGGUUGUUGCAUUAUUGAAGAUACAGUAAUUUGAAUGUAACAUGAUUAAAAAUGAGCAGUUUGCAUAUUUGUUCCACUUGUAUAACAAUGUUUGACGUGACCUUGGGGAGACCUGGAGGUUGAUUUUCCUCAUACAGGACAUCCUUGAAAUAUGUAGCAUGCAUGUUUCUAGAAGGGACUAUCUAAUUUAUCUUGUACAUCCUUGUACACUGUAUCAGAUUGUAUUGAUUUCCAGACAGAAGAAUUUCAAUUUGGAUUAAAAAGGGCUAUUCAUACUGCU